CUCUCUCCUCCCUCCCUCCCUUUCCCAGGGAUGCUGAGGAACUGAGAAGUACAAUUUUUGGAGCCCCGGCCUUCGGGUCCCCUUUCUCUGCUCGGUCUGGGGAGGGCUGGAACCAGCCGGUCCUUCUGUCAGCAGGAUGAAGAAAGGGUCCAGGAAGCAGGAUGUCCUCUUGCUGCUUGAUCUGGCACAAGGACCGGUCCAUCUCCCUAGGGGAUCUCUGCGGAAUGAAAUGCACUGUUCUGCUGCCCGAGAAUGGCAGCAAGAGGAGGAGGAUGACCCCAUCUGCAUCCCCUGCUCCCGCACCCCCUCUCCAGAAUCCAGGGGCAACUAUUUCCGAGAUCGGAAAACCAAGAUUGACUUUGUGCUUGUGUGGGAGGAGAAGCUUUGGCUCCCUGGGAGGGGGGCCCUGGCCGGGCUCACUAGGACCGAACGGCAGAGGCUCCAACAUCACCGAUGGCGGCAGAAAUUCCAAAGGAAUCUUCGGGCAGCCGGGCUGCUGCUGGAGGAGGAGGAGACCCCCGGAGAGCAGAGGGCAGUGCACUACCUGAAACUGAGUGCCCCCUGGGAGGUGCUGACUUACUAUGCGGAGGACCUGUGCAUGCGGGCACCCCUGCAGGUCCAGCCCAACCCGGACAGCGACGGCUCAGCUGAGAUCCUGCGUCAGCUCCACCUCCCCAACCCCUUGCAACAACAUGUACCCAACAAGCCCCUGGAUUUCUACACCUGUGCCUUCCGCAGGUCCAAGCUCAGCAACCCUGGUCACUGUGGAGUCCUGGCCAUGGAUGUCAGGGUUGUGACCCGCCUUGGGCUCUCCCUCCCCUGCAGGUUUCUGGGCAGCGAUUUCCCAGAUUCCUACUUCUCCAACACCCAGAGACACCGUGUGGUGGCAGAGAUCCUAGCACGCACAGUGUACGGGAAGCGGAAACAUGCAGAGAUGGGCAUCGCCCGCCUGCUGACCGAGGGGGUCUACACUGCUGCCUUCCCACUGCAUGAGGGUCCCUUUGAGUUGCCUGGGUACCCUGUGCCUGGCGCAGACUUGAACCCUCGACAGUUGCUAUAUGCUUACUGGGCACGCUGGUGCUGUUGGCACAAAUACCAGCCCCUGGAUCAUGUGCGCGAGUAUUUUGGAGAGAAAGUGGCUAUCUACUUUGCCUGGCUGGGCUUUUAUACUGCCUGGCUACUGCCUGCUGCCAUCGUGGGCACCUUGGUCUUCCUCUCAGGCCUCCUCACCAUGAGCACCAACACCCCUGCGGAGGAGAUCUGUGCCAGUGGGGACACCUUCGUCAUGUGCCCACUCUGUGCUACCUGUGCCACCUGGAACAUCUCGGAGAUCUGCCCCAUGGCUAAGCUGGGAUACCUCUUUGACAAUCCAGGGACCGUCUUCUUCAGCAUCUUCAUGUCCUUCUGGGCAAUGGCCUUCCUGGAGCAUUGGAGGAGGAAGAACGCCACGCUGGCCCACCACUGGGACUGCGCAGACUUCCAGGAGGAGGAGGAGCGUCCCCGCCCGGAGUUUGCAGCUAUGGCCCCUCAGAUGGCUCAGAACCCUGUGACUGGACUGAAGGAGCCUUACUUCCCCACCAGCGCCCGCCUCUCCCGCAUGGUCACUGGAUCCAUGGCCAUCCUUGUCAUGCUGUGUGUGGUGAUGAUCUUCCUGGUGUCUGUCAUCAUGUACCGAGGCAUUGUCAGCAUCGUGAUGUUCCAUACGGGUAACCCUGUGCUCAUGACCCAGGCUGGCAACAUUGCCAACAUCAGCAGUACCUUCCUCAACCUGGUGCUGAUUCUCCUGAUGGGAAAGGUGUACACCUCGCUAGCGGAGCAGCUCACCAAGUGGGAGAUGCACCGGACCCAGACCCUUCAUGAAGAUGCCUUCACUUUUAAAGUCUUCGUCUUCCAGUUUGUUAAUUUCUAUUCCUCCCCGUUCUAUGUGGCCUUCUUCAAGGGCAGGUUCGUGGGCUACCCUGGACAAUACGGCACAUUGCUGGGCAUGAGGAAUGAGGAUUGUGGACCUGGUGGCUGCCUCAUUGAAUUAGCUCAACAGUUGUUCAUCAUCAUGGUGGGCAAACAGCUGGCCAACAAUGUGGAAGAAUUUGUCUUGCCGAAGAUAAAGGCCUGGUGGCAGAAGCGGCAGUUGGCAGGGCUGUGGGGAGCCCAAAUGGGGCAAGACCCCCGACGCUGGGAGGAUGAUUAUGAACUCAUUGAGUGCGAGGGGCUGUUUGAGGAAUACCUGGAGAUGGUGUUGCAGUUUGGCUUCAUCACCAUCUUUGUGGCUGCAUUCCCCCUGGCACCUCUCUUUGCACUACUAAACAACUGGGUGGAGAUCCGCCUGGAUGCCCACAAGUUUGUGUGUGAGUAUCGGCGGCCUGUGGCUGAGCGGGCCCAGGGCAUCGGCGUCUGGUUGCUCAUCCUGGAGACCAUGGCCCAUCUCUCGGUCAUUGUCAAUGCCUUCCUCAUUGCCUUCACCUCCGACUUCCUGCCCCGGCUCCUGUACCAGUAUGAACACCACAGUCACCUGCAGGGUUAUGUGAACUUCACUCUGGCUCAGGCACCCCACACCUACCUGGUUCAGGGCAACCACACCCCCUGCAGGUACAAGGCCUUCCGGGAUGAAACUGGAGAUUUUACUCUCUUCUAUUGGAAACUGCUGGCUGUGAGAUUAGGUUUCAUCCUGGCCUUUGAGCACGUCGUGUUUUUCUUCCUUCGGCUCAUAGCCUGGCUGGUGCCUGAUGUGCCUGCAGACCUGGCAUUGCAGGUGAAGCGAGAGCGCUAUCUGGCCAAGCAGGCGCUGGCUGACAACCAAGAUGCCCUGUUCUCGCAGGGCUCCUGUCCCCUAAAGCCCCACAAGAGGGUCCACUGAGAGCGAGGAAGCCCGUGCCCCAGGAAGAUGACUAACUACACUGGCCUCAGGUGGAGAUGCCGGUACCCGUGGAAAGUGCUAAAGGAAGUUUCUGGAAUAACCUUGAGCCUUCUGAUCUUUCCUCAUCCCCCACCUCUGACCCCCAGUGACCUUUGGAGCUAAAUUUUCACCCCCCCCAAUAUUAGACAAUUAAUGCAAGUUUGUUGAAUGAAUGAUUGAUUGAAUGAAUGAAUGAUUAAAUGAAUGAGUGAGUAAAUGAUUGAAUGAAUGAAUGAGUAAAGGAUUGAAUGAAU